AACUAUAAAUUAUAGCGAAUAAUUGGUUACUGCAAUUAUUUCUUUUCCUGAUGUAAAUAGGGAGAGUUGUAUUAUAUCAAUUAGUGAAUAUAUAAGCACAUAUCGAUUUAAUAACAAUAUUAACACAGUAAUAUAAUUUCAAGUAUUAUGACGGUUAAUGUAUAAUGUGUCAAAAGUAAAAUGCGCACGUAUUGAUUUAAAAAACGAGAAACAACAGAACAAUAUUAACGAGGUAAUGAAAGACAACGUAGCUAAUGGGACACCCGAUACCUUCGUAUUGCAACAAAAGAAAACUCGACUAAUGAUUCCGCGAAACGCGAUUUUAUUGCGGAUAACGACAAAACGUAGCCGCGAUGCGAUAUUUAAGUGCAUUUUUAGCGUGCUAUUGUUAGCGUGGUGGCGUGAGGAAAAUGCGAUCGGAUUCAUCGGAGCUUCCGCGAUCCGUUCAGGAGAAAAUUAGCGCCGUCGUAGUGGGAGCGAGGACGGGCACGCGGAGAGGGACGAACACGCAGAACACAUGUGUUUGCGAGCGAGUGGUCGCCGAGGGGGUGAGAGACAGCAAACGGGACGAGAAGGAGGACUCCGUAAGCUCGGCACUCCGGAUUUACGUUUCGUGUUCGCCAGUCGCGCUCGCGGUACCCAACGCUCGAUCGGCAGACCGAUUUCUAUAAGCGGCCGAGUCGCCCGAACAGAUCGAGAGAAACAAAUUGCAAACCGCGGUCGAAUCGCAUCGGGAGAAGAGAUGAGUCCGGCCGGUAUGAAGAUGAUGUGCCUGAUCCUGGUAGCGAUCGGUCUUACGAACGGAGACAAGAUCGACGUACAUAUUCCAUGCGGAAACACAUCAGAUUGUAGGAGCAUGCCGACAUUACCGGUGGAUGCUUUUUGCAAAAACGGAUAUUGCAUGUGUCCGAGGGCAGACACUGAUGUUCAAUUUUGCUCUAGUAUCAAUGGAUCUAUGCAUGAAACUAAAAUUACAGGUCCGUUAGUCUAUCGAACGUGCAAACACGAACAAGACUGUAAGUUCCCUGGAGGAACCUGUAAUAGCACUAUUCGUCAGUGCGUCUGCUUAAAAAACUUCGUGCCGUCGAGUAACAAGCAAAGCUGUGUCUCAAAGGCUGACUCGAUAGAGGCUUCUUGCACAGAUGAAAAUCAAUGUUUAGCGUUUUCAGCAAAUACUACUUGCGAGAACGGCAAAUGCGUUUGUAUAUCUGGUCAUCAUUACAUAGACAACGCAUGCUGGAAAACAGUCGGAUACAAUGAGUCGUGCACGAAAAACCAGGAAUGCUCGCAUAUCCAGGGUGGUGUCUGCAAUGACAACAUGACAUGCAGAUGUGCGGCCGAAAUGGUAUUGAAUACGACAGGCGACAAGUGCUUAGCGGCUGCCAAAAACAUACAGGACGAAUGCGUAGAGUCGAUACAGUGCACGGCGACGUUCGAGUUCUCGGUUUGCGUUGCUAAUAAAUGCCAGUGCGAGCAGAGUUUUCAUUACGAACACGAGCUGACGAGGUGUUUCCCCAACAAAGCGAUCGACGAGGAGUGCGCGAACAAUUACGAGUGUUAUCAGGCCGAGGAUUACGAGAAUGAUCCGCCGAUCAAGUCUGUGAUUUGCGACUCCAACAGAUGCACGUGCGCCGAUAAUUUCGUCCUGAGUGAGAAUAAAUGCGUGACAAUGAAGAGCGAUGUAAGCGCUGGCUCGUCCUUCGCGCUGGCCUUGUCGCUAAUUGUGCCUGUGAUAGCGCUGACUUUCCUUUCGUAAAGCGCAAAGUACGAUUUCGCCGAAAAGGUAUACUCAAUACGUCGUUGUAAGGUAAAUUAAUGGAGUUGAAUUUCCGAUGAUCGUAACAUCGUGCGUGCGAAAGGAAAAAAACAGAAUCUCAAGGAUGAAAAAACGCAAGUAGAGUCGGCAAGGAGAGAAUUAUUUUCGAAUUAUUUACUUGCGAAUUGUAAUUUACGUUAAUUAUUUUUUGCAAGACUUCUCUUAAGGACUUUUAUUAGAGGUAUCGCAAAUUUCUCAUGAAAAAUGAAAAUAUGGCGUUAGUACGCACUGAUCUUACAAGAACUUCCUGUAUAAAUAUGUGCGCAUGUGUUCGUGAGACUAUCCUAAUGAUAGUUCGAGAAUGAGAAAGGGAAACAGGAAUGAAUGGCAUUGUUCGAUGAUGGAUUAUAGUUUUGUUUACGUAGAUUUGAACACUGAGAGAAAAGUAUUUGCAUCCCAAAAAAAAUUUCUUAUACAUGAAAUUCUUUCAAUCUUAGAAAAUUUCACUCUUAUUUAGGCCUCAAAAGGCUUUUCCGCCCAAAAUUACGAGAAAUAUAGUAUAAAUAUAAUAUUCUUACAAACAGAGAAAUCUACUACUCAUUGUUUCUUUUGUGUUGCACGUAAAAGGCUUUACUUUAAAUGAACAUAUUUUUUUAUAUAAAACAUAUUUCUCUUAAUACAAGAAAGAAACAGUUAGAAUAAUAUAUUAACUUAAAUUUACGAUAAAUGCUUUACUUUAUUGCAAAAAGAAUAUGUUUGUUGUAAACAGAGAGACCCGGACCGAACCGGAACUGGAACCCAUAACCAUUUCAUAACCGGUUUUUUAGUCGGACCAAAACCGUAAACCAUAACCGCGUUCUGCUAAAUUUACAGCACCGAAAUCAUAAUCAGAACUAUUAAAUUAUUUCCGUUUUACGGUUUUUUCGAUAUAUUUUUUCGGUUCUUGCAAUUUAUUUUUACAUAAUAUUUUCAUACUUCUAAUGCCGAACAUGAUUAUUUAGCCAAUAAUUAUCUGUUACUGUGGUAAAUUCAUCUUCGAAGAACUAAAACUAAAGCAAUAAUAACUGUAAGACCAUCAAAUUAUUAAUAAUUAUAUUCGACAUCCUAUGUGACUAAAAUUAAUAAUUAAACUUUUAUAAUCAAAUGAUAACAAAAAGAAAGGAAAAUCACACUAUCAACAUGUAAUUUUUAAUGUUUAAAAUCAAAAAUCAAAAAUCAAAACUGUAGCCGGAAAAAAAACGAAAAAAACCAGAAUUUAAACGGUUUUAGAUUCUUGCAUUUGCCAAGGGAUCGAAACUGAAACCAAAACUGGUUUUAAAAUAUUUUUAUUAAACCGUAAUCAGAACCAAACAAUAAUUUGAUUCGAUCCGGGUCCCUGGUUGUAAAACAUCUUUAACAAAUUAUAUUAAAAUAUAGAUUAAUGUACAUUAAUAAUUUUGUAUAGUAAUUUGUUUGAGUACACUCUUUUUUUGUAACUGCUCACUGAAUUUUCAGAAAAUUUAGAAUCAGUCCAAAUUUGGCUUCUCUGUAACUUCAAUAAGUAUUGACGAGAGGCCAACAAUCUUUGGCGGAAAAUAUAAAUUUAGCUUCUCAGCGGAUUUUUUCUUGGGACUUUUAGUCAUUGACUUGAAAUGUUGGGGAAGGCUUGAUAGCAGUCCCCUGGCCACGCCAUUGGUAAUAACUACGUACACGAAACUGCUAAUUAUUUUAACGAUUAUAGUCGCAAAUAACAGAUACUUUUCUCUCGUGAAUGAUUGUCGAUCUGCAAUGUAUUUAAAAUGUAAUAUAUGUAAACGAUAAAGUUAUAGCUUCACGAACGAAAUGAUAUGGAUAAUAACAAUAUCUCUUUACAAGUGCAAUGUAAAAAUUAGCCACAUUCAUCGUUUUUAUUUCCAUCAUUAAUUGCCAAGGCUGUAAUUUCCGUUGCGUAAAACCGGACGCGAGAAGAAAAAAAGCGGCGGUGCAAACGAAACAAUUACAAGCGCCGUUGUAAUUGCGCAGCACAAAAUGCUCGCGGCGGAGGCAAAGGCUCGAACUAGGCACUGAUGUAUUUGAAGCCUUCUACUCGCGUGCAUUUAAUUAACGAGGUUAUUAAUGUACGGAUGCUGAUGUGUUCCAUACCGCUAUUGUUUUUAGAAUGAUUCCAAGUGGGAAUAGAAUACAUUAAACCAGUAUUAAAUCCGAGAUGUCGAUUUUGUACAAAAAAAAGGAAAUUUCAGAUUUCCUGGAUUAAUAUUAAAAUAACAAUGUCAAUAUCACAGUACUAGCCCAAUAUACAAAGAUGGAUAGAAUUCACGAACAAAGAAAACGUUUAGUUGUUUGAAUUCUUACUUUCUCGUACAUUUCUGCUUUUAGACCAAAUUA